AUGGUUAGACGUCGUAGCGUCAAAAAGAAAUCAGCGACGAUUAAUUCGAUGCUGGACGAACAUGUGCUUGGCCUAAUCCUUGAGAAAAUCAAGGACAAAGAAGACAGAGACUCGUUCUCGGAGGUGUGCAAGAGUUGGUUAAGAGUGGAACGUGUGACACGAAGAUCACUUAGGGUUAGGCAACCAAUACCCCUGAAAGCAAUGACUGCAUUCCCAUACCUGGUCCAUUUCAAAUCAGGUGAGCUUACCACACGAAGGAAAAAGAGAAACAAAAGAGUAUGGGAGUAUCCGCAGACAGACACCCACCUGGAGGUCAUAGCCAAUAGGUGCCACGAACUCGAGACCUUCAAGGUAUCAUGUAGGAACUAUGAUCAUGAUCAUGCUCAUUUGGGGCCAAAAGGUCUACAUGCUUUGGCAUUUGGGUGUCCCAAACUAUCCACACUUGGAUUUUGUGGCAGUAAGGUGGUAGGGAAUCCUGGAGUUGAUGCGUUUUUUCACUCAGUACAAAACUUGAAGAAUUUGUAUCUGAUUGGUAAUGUUCUUAUCUCUGAUCGAGCACUUAGAGCAAUCGGAUCAUCUUCCAUUAGCACCUUGGAGUUGGUAUACUGUGAUAACAUUACUGAUGAGGGAUUGGGGUUUUUGGCAAAUGGUUCUACCUCUAAAACCCUCAAGAAACUGGUCCUCAAGGAUUGCCCUAAAAUCACUGAUAAAGGGGCCGAGCUAUUGCGCAACAUGUGUAGAUUGGAGCACCUGGCAUUGUGCUGUAAGGUGAGGAGUCGGUUCACUGAUACAGGUGGUGUGGCAAUUUCUGCAUUUCAGACCCUCAAGGAAUUGAGAUUGAGUCAUGUGGACGUGUCAGACCGCACCAUGGUUGCUCUUGCUGAGAAUUGCAGCAAAUUGGAAACACUUGAUGUAGAGUCUUAUUGGGUAACCGGAGCUGGCAUUCGUGCAUUUUCAGGUCAUAAAUGCUUGAAGCACCUUUCAGUAAUGUAUGGUUCAUCAGCCAAAUUCGAUAAAUCAGAUGUGGAACGCUUAGCUCUUGGAUGCCCAUCAUUGAAGUCUGUUAUAUUUGACAAGUCGUUAGAAGGGAGUUUUGAACCGAUGCUCGAGAACACUAGAAGAAUCAUAAAAUUCAAAAAUUUCUAUACUCUUCCCCCUUUCAUGACCACGGAUUGGUAG